AGCAGGCCGUCUGCUGAGACACAAGAGGAGUUUGUGGAUGAUUUUCAAGUUGGGGAGCGAGUUUGGGUGAAUGGGAAUAAGCCUGGAUUUAUCGAGUUCCUGGGAGAAACCCAGUUCGCACCAGGCCAAUGGGCCGGGAUCGUUUUAGAUGAACCCACAGGCAAGAGCGAUGGUUCAGUGGCAGGAAUUCGGUAUUUCCAGUGUGAGCCUUUAAGGGGCAUAUUCACGGGACCUUCAAAGUUGACGAGGAAGGUACAGGCAGAAGACGAAGCGGACGGCCUGCAGACAACUCAUGCUUCCAGAGCGACUUCGCCUCUGUCCACUUUGACAGCCAGCAUGGUGUCCUCUUCCCCAGCCACCCCCUCAAAUAUUCCCCAUAAAUCGCCCCAGCCAACCGCAAAGGAACCUUCAGCUACGCCUCAGACCAGCAACCUUACAAAAACCACCAGUGAAUCUAUUUCCAAUCUUUCGGAGGCCGGCUCAAUCAAGAAAGGAGAAACAGAGCUCAAAACUGGAGACCGAGUAGUGGAGACGCGGGUUUGA